UAGUCAGGGCCGCGUAAGUGAACUAUCAGUCGCGCACCGGCCGUCCUCAGAACAACAAUAUAAGUUGACAGACUUGUUUUAUUUUAAUGUUUAUUUUGUUGUAAUAUAAGUGCCAUGAUGAAGAGCCUGUGCGAGAAGACGGUGGCCAUCGUGUGCGUGCUCGUCGCAUCUCUCUCCGACGCCGGCGGGCAGCGAUGUAACGGUGGCGCGAGCUGCAUCGGUCUCUCCUCGUGCACGGGGCUGUACAACCAGUUGCAGCGAGGCAGCACGCCGCAGCUCACGCGACUCCUGCGCAGCCUGCACUGCGGCUUCGAGGAUGCUGAUACGCCCAUGGUCUGCUGUCCUCCAGAAUUCUCAGGCCGCCAGGGAACUCCAGUCCAGUCCAGAGUGGCGGACCCUAUGAGUCUGCUGCCCAACCACAGGAUCUGCGGUAUCCAGAAUCAUGACAGGAUAGUAGGGGGAAUACAGGCUGAAAUUGAUGAACACCCGUGGAUGGCGCUGCUCAGAUAUGACAAACCCGCCGGCUGGGGUUUCUACUGCGGUGGCGUGCUGAUAUCAGCGCGGUACGUGCUGACUGCAGCUCACUGCGUUAAGGGAUCGGAUCUGCCACCGAACUGGAGAUUAUCUCAAGUGCGACUCGGAGAAUGGAACACAUCGAGCGAGGUGGACUGCUUCGGAGAUGACUGCAGUGGCCCCGUGCAAGACAUCCCUGUGGAGCAGAUCAUAGCGCAAGAGAACUACAUACCUGAGGACUCCAACCAGCAUCACGAUAUUGCUUUGUUGAGGCUGUCGUACAACGCACAGUUCAAUGACUUCGUGAAGCCAAUUUGUCUGCCAUUGUCAAACGAUCUGAAAUACAACUCGUUUGAGGGCACUGACAUGGAAGUAGCCGGAUGGGGCAAGACUGAAACACAGGGCGCCACUGGCGAUUCCAGCCAGAUAUAUACUGGACCCAAUUUGUCAGGCACAGAAUCGGACGUGAAGCUAAAGGUACGAGUGCCGGUGGUGAACAUACAGCGCUGCGCGAAUGUGUACGAGCGAGUGAGCCGGCAGAUCGACGACACUCAGAUCUGCGCGGGCGGCAUCGCGGGGCAGGACUCGUGCCGCGGGGACUCGGGCGGGCCGCUCAUGGGCACCGCGCCCGCCGCCAACAACUGGAUGGUGCUGGGCGUGGUCUCGUACGGGCCCUCGCCCUGCGGCACCCCCGGCUGGCCCGGCGUCUACACCCGCGUCGGCGCCUACAUCGACUGGAUACUCUCCAAACUACGCCCCUAGGUAACUCACCAACACUCGACUGAGAUAUAUAACAUUAAAUAAAACUUUUAUUAAUACGUAUCUCGCGUAUUCUUUACAGCAGGCAUUUACACUGGAAUCAACACUCAUUCUUUUGAUAAGUUACAUUAAUCUAAUAUAUCUUUGUGAAUGCCUGUAUCUAGUAGUAUUUAUAAUUGUGAAAUAAAGUACAUUUCUGAUGACAUUGUUUUACAUUGUAAGGUUUAGUCGCUUAAGUGCCAUCCAUGACAGUACAUUCUUGCCACUGUACUCUGUAUGUAUACUAGUUGUAUCUCGAGACUGCACAAUAAAUGGGUUGACGUCAUAAUUAAAUAAAACAAUGUUACAUUUAUAAUAAAAUUUGUAUUAAGUAAAUAAUUUAUUUAUAAUUAGAUGUAUAAAUGGCCUCCUUCUAGUCACGCCCCGGUCCCCGCCAGCACCUUCUAUCACUCACACUUCAGACCAUCACAAAUGAAUACAACUACUGAAAUAUAUUACUUUUUGUGAACAUAGGGGAAUAUACUUCUAUAAACAAUGAAAUAUACCUACUCAUUAAAU